AUGUAUCGCGCGGGGCCGAUCGCGCGGACCGGGCCCGCCGUCGUCGCCGCCGCCGCUACUCGUGAGAGAUCGCGCGCUGACCCAGAUUUCGGCGGGUCAAACCGGCACGAGGAGGCCGCGGCGGACUUUCUGAAAUGGGACACGGCGCAGCCUGGAGCUAAAUUAGCCGCGAUGUCCAAUAAGAGUAAGUCCCAGCCGCAGCAGCAGCAGCAGCCGCAGCCGCAGCAUUAUCAGCAGCAACAGCAGCAGCAGCAGCAGCAGCAUAAUCAUCCUCCGCACGUGAUCAAGCCAGUGGAGCAGCUGCCGCCGCGCUACCAGCCCCCGCCGCAGCCUACCAGCGGUAUCCUGAAGAAUCACCUGCACUUCGCCAACGGAGGCACGUCGGCGCCGAGCUCGGCCCAGGCCGGCAGCAAUCAAGGUCCGGGCGCGGCCUUGAACCAGCAUCAUCAGAGCACGCAGCCGCGCACGUUGCCGCCGCCUCCGCCGUCCUCGCAGCAUCAUCAGCAUCAGCCGCAGCAACAGCAGCAGCCGACACAAUCGCAGCAGCAGCAGCAACCGCAGCAGCAGCCAACGUCGAAGGAUGCGCAGAGCAAGUACUCGCCGAGGAUAGAGCAUCAUCAUCAUCAUCCCCAACCGGGUAACCCGCUGAUCGCUGCCGCGUCGGCGGCGGCGUCCAAGAGCCAGCAGCAGCAGCAGCCGCAAUCGUCAGCCUAUCUCCAGCAGCCCAAGCUCGGCCAGGGUCCGUACUUGCCGCCUAGCAGUCAGUACCCGGCGGUGAGCAACGGCCAGAGCGCGCCGGUCAGACAGAGGAUCAGCGACGACGAAUUCCUGCGACUCGGCCCCGUGGAGAUGCUCAAGUUCGUGCGGAAGACCGAGAGUGAUAUCGCUAGGCUCGCCGCCGAGCAAAAUCGCCAGAUACAGAACUUGGUGAAUGAGCUGCGGUUGCUGAAGGAAGCCAACCAAAGACUGAACGACGAUAAUCAAGAACUGCGCGAUCUCUGCUGCUUUUUGGACGACGAUCGACAAAAGGGUCGCAAGCUGGCGAGAGAGUGGCAGAGGUUCGGCCGAUACACAGUGAGCGUUAUGCGACAGGAGGUCUCGGCCUACCAGAACAAAUUACGCCAACUGGACAAUAAGCAGCAGGAAUUGAUUAAGGACAAUCUGGAGCUCAAGGAGCUGUGCCUGUAUCUCGAUGAGGAACGCGGCGGUGGUCAAAGGGACGACGGCGACGGGUCGAGCUCGAGUACGAACGCCGAGGAGACCGCGCCGCCGAGGCCGAGGCACACUUCCACAUUUAACGACCAGACAAUGCAAUACGUGAGGAGCUUGGAGCAACGGGUGAAGCAAUUGGAGGAAGACAAGAGUGUUCUCCAGGCCCGUGCGCAAGGUUGGGAGAUGCUACCAUCGGGUGAAAUUUGGGACAGUCCCGCGAGCCCGAACGACAAUGCUCACUUGGGAAGCCGACCGGAAGCCGUGGUGCGCGCUCUCCAGGUUCUCGAGGUCAGAGAACAACUGGAAAGAGAAGAAGGUCAUGACGGGGAGAAGGCGUUAGUCAGAGAGAUGUGCAAUGUCGUCUGGCGGAAGUUGGAGGAAGGUCCGCAAGCGAGGCAUUAACGAUCGUGCCGGGAGAAUUAUCUGUCAAUUUUGAAGUACUGUUAAUAUAAAACAAUAAGCUCUAACAUUCGUUCGUGAAGAUAGUAUUAUAGACGAUAUUUUAUAUAGAUUUUUAUACAAUUGUACAAUAAUCUCGAUAUGAGAAUACCGAUAUCUAUUUAUGUAAAUGUAAUUUUCGCAGAUCUAUUAACAAAGUAUUUUUACUAUAC